AUUAGCUUAUGGAUAAACAUUUGUAUACCCAAAUCGAAGGUGAAGCAUGUUAAUGGAUUACGAUGUGAAUGCGUAUAGCAGAGGCGAAGAGAAACUGUCCUCGGUACAAUCUAGUACGCACGGUAGGUUGCUGUUGAGUUUCUUCUUUGCUCCUUGCGGUGAAAAUGGUGCUUUCGAUGGACAGAUGGGUCGGCAAAGUAGCCAUAGUGACCGGAGCCAGUUCUGGGAUUGGGGAGGCAAUUGCUGAAAGACUGGCUGAACAAGGGAUGAAGGUAGUGGGGGUAGCUAGAAGAAAAGAUCGCCUGGAUGCACUUGCACAAAAGACAUCCGGGAAAAAAGGGAAAUUAUAUCCAAUGCAAGGGGAUGUAUCUAAAGAAGGAGAUAUUUUGAAGGUAUUCAAAUGGACCAGAGAUAAUCUGGGACCAGUUCACGUACUGGUCAACAAUGCGGGGGUCGGUUGUAAGUCUGCAAUUGAAGACGGGAAGACAGAGGAUUGGCUACAAACCAUCAACAUUAAUGUAGUUGCACUAUGUAUGGGAAUGAGAGAAGCGCUGAAAGAUAUGAAAGAGCACAACAUCGAUGGACACAUCUUUAACAUCAAUAGCAUUGCAGGACACUAUGUUUUGAAUUACCCAAGGAUAGAAAUCUACACAGCUACCAAACACGCUGUCACAGCUUUGACAGAAUCAAUGAGGAAACAAAUGGCAGUGCAGAUCUCAAAAGUCAGGUUUACGAGUAUCAGCCCUGGUUUGACUGAUACAGAAAUGAUAGAAGAUGCUAAAAAGUUGAACCUGAUAAAGGAUACUUCACCAGUUCUGUACCCAGAAGAUAUAGCAGAUGCCGUUGAAUAUGCCUUAUCUACACCUCCCCAUGUGCAGGUGCACGAAAUUAUGAUUCGACCAACUGGAGAUGCCCUUUGAAUUGCUUAUCCGGAUAUUGAGUUGGGAUUUUAUUGUGUUUGUGUCAUAAUAUUCAUGUUGAGUAAUACAAUUUCAACCUUUCCUAGAGUUUCAAACACUUUGUAUACAGCCAGCGGAAAUGGAACACCUCCAAUUACUCAUAAAUGUCAUUUGAUACAGAAAUUCACUUGGAUCACGGGAAAACAUUUAGUGCUUAUUAUCAGUAAAUAUGAUACAGACCUUAUUAAAAAUCUAUUUCAGAGUGUCAACAUUGAUAUGGUUUUGUCUCCUAGGCCCCCCAUUUUCUCUGGAGUACAGCAAGGAUCUGUACUUGGACUACUGCUAUUCAUUUUAUAUACCUCAGAUAUACAAGCCACUGUAAAACGUUGCAGUAUUUAGUUCUUUGCUUAUAAUUCUCAAACAUAUAAUCAGUUUUGUAGUUUUAAGCCAAAUCGGAGGUCCAUGAGGAUCUUAAAUCUAUUAGUGAGAACGCAAAUAGUCAUAACCUUCGGCUAAGCUACUCGAAAUCAAAAAUUGUUAUUUUUUCACCAUAACCUUUUAGGAAUGAUAUAAAAAAUGACUUUGCUAUAAGCCUAAAUUGGCAAAAAAUUUGGGUAUUACUUUUCAUGAAUGUCUUAAGGUUAUACCACACGUCAAAAAUAUAACCAAAGGUUGUAUUUCCACUCUACGCCAACUAUACCCCACUAGUGAUGCCAAAAAUCACUAAUAUUAACAUAUUUUGAUAAAUAUUCUCUAUGAUUUGCUCAAAUUUACAACUUUACCUCACAAAAAUGUUUUCAUGUUUAUAUUUUACUUCUUUGUAUACCUUCCUGUUAUACUCGUAUUUUAUAUUCUCAGUCAAGAUACUUUUAUACAAAAUAUUUGUAUAGCUGUUUUUAUACACCUAUGUUUUAGACUAUUGUUACAUUGACUUUUGUUUUGCGUUAUGUAUUUUCUGCAUUUAUUUUUAAAGUUGUGG